CCGUCUUCCACAGCAACAUCCGGCAACACGUUUCCCCGGUCGGUCUGUAUUCCCACAGCGCCGCCCUUGAAUCCGUUUAGCGCUUUUUAUUUUUUGAGUGACAAACCUACGCGUUUUUUCUCCCUUCAAAUCUGGGAGAAUAAGUCUGUUAGUCAUACAAGUAGACCCCCUGAGGCUCAAAUGGAGGAGGUAAGGAAGCUGCAGAAGAAACUGAGGCAGAUUGAGAAUCUGGAGAUAAAAAUCAGUCUCAACGCUGAAGAGAGAUUCAAGGGUUGGGUCACAGGGGCAGCAGCUUUAGGAGGGACGCCCAGAUUUUCCUCUCCCCAGCCACUUCGUCCAGCUCAUCCCAGGGGAUCCCAAGGCGUUCCCAGGCCAGCUGAGAGACAUAGGAAACUCGGAGGAAACUCAUUUCGCCCGCUUGUAUCCGGGAUCUUGUUCUUUCGGUCACGACGCAUAGCUCGUGACCAUAGAGUCUGUAUCACGGCCGACGCUGCACCGAUCCGCCUGGCGAUCUCACGCUCCAUGCUCUCGCUCGUGAACAAGACCCCAAGAUACUUGAAGUCCUCCACUUGGGGCAGGAUCUCAUCCCCGAUCCGGAGAGGGCAUUCCACCUUUUUCCGGCUGAGGACCAUGGUCUCAGAUUUGGAGAUCUCCAGGAAGGAGGAGCUGCGGCAUAGAUUGGCAGAGCUUCAGCUACAGCAGCUCUGCGGCCUGCAGCGAGCCCCCGGGAGCCCACAGGGUGACAUGAAAAGAGCGGCGGAGGACGCCCCAGAGGUCCUUUCAUCACAAGCGCCCCCGGCCUCUAAGAUCCUGAGGGGCCCGGAGGAUGCUGGCACGGCGCCGCCUGCCACGCGGAGGGCGCCGAAUGUCACGCCGGGGUCACGCCAAGGCCGAGACGCGCCAGAAGGUGUUGCUUUUUCUUCAGAUGCAGAACUGGAAACGUGUUGGCACAAGGCAAAGUUCCGCUUGAGAAUGUUGGAGGGUCACAAUGACAUCAUUACCUGCGUGCUGGCUGUUGACAACCUGGUCAUUUCUGGCAGCCGCGAUACGACGGUCAAGGUGUGGCACGUUCCCACGGCAACUGAGCACAAGAACCUGGGGGGUCACACCGCCGGGGUCACCUGCCUGUCUGCCCCUCCCGUCGAGUCCUGCACAAAGUUAGCUCGGUUGCUGUCGCUGUCAGAUGACGAGAGGUUCGUUUUGAGUGGCUCGGCGGAUUCCAACGUCAAGAUCUGGACCCUGAGCAUCGGCCAGUGCGUGAAGUCUAUCUACACGUUCAACGCUGUGACGGCGCUCUGCUUUGUGCCCGAGGGCGACGCCUACAUCGUCACUGGAUCAGACGGGGGCAAGGUUCAAGCCUGGAGCUGGUGCUCUUUGGAUAACUGCCAAUCAAUCAACGCGCACCAACAAGCGGUCACCUCCAUCCAGCGCCAGGGUCCGCUGGUGUUCAGCAGCUCCUCCGAUGGAGGGGUGUCCAUAUGGGAGACCCGCGGUGGCGGCGAGCGAGAGCCCCUGAGGCUGCUGUGUCACUGGAGCGGUCAGGUGACGGGCUGCACGGGCGCCCUGGCCCUUAGCCCCCGGGGGGACAAAGUACUACUCGCAGACGGACGGCCGUGGAUCAAGAUUCUGGACUGGACCACGGGGGCGCUGUCCAGACUGAACAAUCACGGGAGUGUGACCGGGGUGACGGACUGCGUGCACCAGACGGGCGGUCUCCUCAUCGGCUCCUGCUACGAUGCGGCCGACGGCGACAGCGGCCUCAACUUAUUUUCGCUGCCUCGCUGCCGCUACCUGGCCUCCCUGAGAUGGCCGCGAGCCUCCAGAAUGCUUUGCUUCGCCACCUGGACUACGGGGAGCGGUGCCCACCGCUGGGUCAGCGGCGGGCGCGACCUCGUUGUGUGGGAGCAGCUCCCCGUCACCGGGAAGCGGAGGAGCGACAUCACGGUGAAGAGAGACGUUCGUUUAGAAUUGCCGCCGGAGUCCGAGGGUGACACGGAAGACGACGAGACAGACGAACACCUUGAAGAUGACGAUGACGACGCAGGAAGAGAUGAAGAUGACGCGGAGCCCGCCGGUUCGUGGUUACGUUGUGUCCUCCAGUGAGGAGCUACGGCCGAGAAAGAGGAGCGAGACCGAGGCUGCAUUUACAUUGUGUGGCUCAAGUGGCACAUGUGACCUUUUUUUUGUCUGUUGAUCUCUGGGAUAUCUGCAAAUGGAUUUGCAUCAUCAGUCCUUGAAAAGAAGGCAAAAUGGAGCAUUUCAGUUCCUCUAAUCCACAUAUGUCAGAGUCAAGGCCCGCGGGCCACAUCCGGCCCGCGGGAAGGUUUUUUACGGCCCCUGGGAUGAUCUUGAUUUAUUAUUAGAACCGGCCCGCAGACCGCAGCAAGCCGGCAGCCCGCAGAUCUUUUACACGCACCAAUACUACAUUUCCCACAAUGCAACGGUGACGCACCGAGCAGUAGGCUGCUUCAUUUCAAUAUUUAUUGGCACAGCAGUCGUCAGCAUCACAGUAAAAUUAACUUUCAGAUACCCAUCAAAAAUCGCAAAACGGAAGGUGGACACUGAGAACCGGGGGUUUCAAACAAGGUGGGAGUCGGAGUAUAUGUUCACGGAGGUAGCUGGAAAACCUGUGUGUCUUCUGUGUGGAGAAAGUGUGGCGGUACUGAAAGAGUAUAAUCUGAGACGACAUUAUGAAACGAAACACGCGGACAAAAACAAGAAUAUGGACAUGGAACAAAGGCUACAAAAGGCAGAGGAAUUAAAACGAGAGUUUUUACUCAGUUCAAGUUUAAAAGUUAAAGUUUAAUAUUUGUUUUCACUGCAUGUUACUUCUCCUUAAACAAAGUGUUGUUUUUGAUUAAUAGAUUUUUGCACUUUAUUUUAUUGUAUUUCAAUCCAAUUAUAUUUUAAAAAUAUUUCAGUUGAGUGGAUGAUAGAAAAUUGCUAUUAUUGUUUUUUUCUUUGAAGUAAAUUUAGCCCACUUUUGCUAAAAUAGAAAAUAUAGGCUACUGAUGGUGCCUUGAAUACCGGUUUCUUUCAUUUAAUGUUCAUGUUAUGGGGAUUUUUAUAUAAAGGAAAUUUGUCUUUUGUGUCUGUUGAAAAUUAAAGAUUACUGACAGAGCCAUAAGAAAA